CCUGCCUGCCCCUUCAUGGAUCACUGCCUUGCCGUGGCGAAGGGGCUUGAAGAACUCAGAGAAGCUAUGAACUAUGCCGAGCAGGGCACACAAGAUGAACAGGUCAUAGUGGAGAGUUUUGACCAAACGUGAUCCACCUGGAGGAGGAACCGGCAAGCCACUCCAGUAUCCUUGCCAAGAAAACUCCAUGGACAAAGACAACAGGCAUAUAAAAGUUAUGACGCUGGAAGAUGAGCCCCUCAGGUCGGAAGGCGUCCAACAUGCUACUGGGGAAGAGCGGAGGGCAAGUACAAGUAGAUCCAGAGCUGAUGAAGCGGCUGGGCCAAAGCCGAAAGGACGCUCAGUUGCGGAUAUGCCUGGAAGCGAAAGGAAAGUCCAAUGCUGUAAAGAAAAAUAUUGCAUAGGAACCUGGAAUGUAAGAACCAUGAACCUGGGUAAGUUGGAGGUGGUCAAAAAUGAGAUGGCAAGAAUAAAUAUUGACAUCCUGGGCAUCAGUGAACUAAAAUGGACGGGAAUGGGCGAAUUCAGUUCGGAUGACCAUCACAUCUACUACUGUGGGCAAGAAACCCAUAAAAGAAAUGGAGUGGCCCUCAUAGUCAACAAAAGAGUGGCGAAAGCUGUACUGGGAUGCAAUCUCAAAAAUGAUAGAAUGAUCUCGAUACGAAUCCAAGGCAGACCUUUUAACAUCACAGUAAUCCAAGUUUAUGCUCCAACCACUGCUGCUGAAGAAACUGAAAUAGACCAAUUCUAUGAAGACUUACAAGACCUUAUAGAAGUGACACCAAAGAAGGAUGUUCUUCUCAUUAUAGGGGAUUGGAAUGCUAAAGUAGGGAAUCAAGAGAUAAAAGGAACAACUGGCAAGUUUGGCCUUGGAGAUCAAAACGAAGCAGGGCAAAGGCUAAUAGAGUUCUGUCAAGAGAACAAGCUGGUCAUCACAAACACGCUUUUCCAACAACACAAGAGACGACUCUACACAUGGACAUCACCAGAUGGGCAGUAUCGAAAUCAGAUUGAUUAUAUUCUCUGCAGCCAAAGAUGGAGAAGCUCUAUACAGUCAGCAAAAACAAGACCUGGAGCUGACUGUGGCUCAGAUCAUCAGCUUCUUAUAGCAAAACACUCAAUAUGCCAGCAAAUUUGGAAAACUCAGCAGUGGCCAGAAGAUUGGAGAAGAUCAGUCUACAUCCCAAUCCCAAAGAAGGGCAGUGCCAAAGAAUGCUCCAACUACCGCACAAUUGCACUCAUUUCACACGCUAGCAAGGUUAUGCUUAAAAUUCUACAAGGAAGGCUCAAACAGUAUGUGGAUCGAGAACUCCCAGAAGUGCAAGCUGGAUUUAGAAGAGGCAGAGGAACCAGAGACCAAAUUGCAAACAUGCGCUGGAUUAUGGAGAAAGCUAGAGAGUUCCAGAAAGACAUCUACUUCUGCUUCAUUGACUAUGCAAAAGCCUUUGACUGUGUCGACCACAGCAAACUAUGGCAAGUUCUUAAAGAAAUGGGAGUGCCUGAUCACCUCAUCUGUCUCCUGAGAAAUCUCUAUGUGGGACAAGAAGCUACAGUUAGAACUGGAUAUGGAACAACUGAUUGGUUCAAAAUUGGGAAAGGCGUACGACAAGGCUGUAUUUUGUCUCCCUGCUUAUUUAAUUUAUACGCAGAAUACAUCAUGCGAAAGGCUGGGCUGGAUGAAUCCCAAACUGGAAUUAAGAUUGCCGGAAGAAAUAUCAACAACCUCAGAUAUGCAGAUGACACAACCUUGAUGGCAGAAAGUGAGGAGGAAUUAAAGAACCUUUUAAUGAGGGUGAAAGAGGAGAGCGCAAAAUAUGGUCUGAGGCUCAACAUCAAAAAAACGAAGAUCAUGGCCACUGGUCCCAUCACCUCCUGGCAAAUAGAAGGGGAAGAAAUGGAGGCAGUGAGGGAUUUUACUUUCUUGGGCUCCAUGAUCACUGCAGAUGGUGACAGCAGCCACGAAAUUAAAAGACGCCUGCUUCUUGGGAGAAGGGCAAUGACAGGCCUAGACAGCAUCUUGAGAAGUAGAGACGUCACCUUGCCAACAAAGGUCCGUAUAGUUAAAGGCAUGGUUUUCCCAGUAGUGAUGUAUGGAAGUGAGAGCUGGACCAUAAAGAAGGCUGAUCGCCGAAGAAUUGAUGCUUUUGAAUUAUGGUGCUGGAGAAGACUCUUGAGAGUCCCAUGGACUGCAAGAAGAUCAAACGCAUCCGUUCUUAAUGAAAUCAGCCCUGAGUGCUCACUGGAAGGACAGAUCGUGAAGCUGAGGCUCCAGUACUUUGGCCACCUCAUGAGAAGAGAAGACUCCCUGGAGAAGACACUGAUGCUGGGAAAGAUGGAGGGCACAAGGAGAAGGGGGCGACAGAGGAUGAGAUGGUUGGAUAGUGUUCUCGAAGCCACAAACAUGAGUCUGACCAAACUGCGGGAGGUAGUGGAGGACAGAGGUGCCUGGCGUGCUCUGGUCCAUGGGGUCACGAAGAGUCGGACACGACUAAACGACUAA